UGUGUAUUCACCGGCUUGAAGAGAGGAUCGCAGGGAAUAUAUAGAAGCGCUGUGAAGAUCAAAACGAUGUCGGGAGCACAGGGAGCUCAGCCGCCGGAGGCGAAGACGGCGACAACGUACGAGUCGGUUGCGGGAGGAGAGAACCGGACGAAGACGGACUUGAGGUCACAGCAGGACCAGGGCGGCAUCGAGAUCGAUAAGCUGCAGGACAAGGUUCCCGAUCCCCUCGGAAAAGGCGGCCCCGUCUUCGGCGAAGGCAAGGGCGAGGAAAACAAGCAGGAUCUCGGCGUCACCGGCACCGGAGAGUAA